UUCAAACUAGUGUGCAGUCCCCGCCAGGACGCAAGGGACUACAACGGACAACGGGGACAAGCGCAAUGAUUUCAUACGAUGGUCGUCCAAUAGCAAAGGAUCAGUGCUUCUACUGCUUCAAGACUCAAUUCGAUGGGCUAUUUGUCUCUCCGCUAUCGCAUAGGGCCUUUUGUUCUACGCAUUUGCCACUGCACCAGCAAUUGAACGGAAACGAUGUUGAUUACGUCUAUUUGAAGACGACUUUGAAGCCACAGGACGAACCACCGUCCAAGAUAAUGAAGCUUGAGAUCAAGCAGCAGGCAGAGUCCGAGCUGGUGGACCUUCAUAAGGAGCUCUACCACGAUGGACAGGUUGUUGAGCCUACUCCGAGGGACUUGGCUGUGAUAGAAGAGAUUGUCAACUCGAACUCCGAGUCCAAGAAGCAGGAGUUGAAGUCAUGGACGCAAGAGUACUCGGCAUGUAAGCAUACACAGGACUUUCAACAGUCACCAAUUGAUGAUGUUCAGUUGCAGAAAUGCCACGAGUGUGAUUUAGACCAAAACCUUUGGAUAUGUUUGACCUGUGGCCAACUGGGAUGCGGUCGUGCACAGUUUGGUGGUAUUCCAGGCAAUACGCAUGCACUGAAGCACUACGAGACCACUGGACAUCCAAUUGCUGUUAAGUUGGGAUCGUUGAGUAAAGAUGUUGCUGAUAUUUACUGCUACGCAUGUCAGGAUGAAGUUGUUUUCCCUCAAUUGCCACAGUUGCUACAAACAUUUGGCAUAGAUCUCAAUACUUUCAAUAAGACUGAGAAGAGUUUGGUGGAGUUGCAAAUUGAACAAAACUUGAAAUGGGAAUUCAACAUGGUGAAUGACGAUGGCGAGGAGUUACCACCGGUUUUUGGUUCAGGGUUAACAGGGUUGAAGAACUUGGGGAAUUCUUGUUAUGUAUCAAGUGUUGUACAAUCGCUAUUCUCUCUUCCAGAGUACCAGGAACUUUCAAAGAUUCCUUGGGAGUCACUCAAUGAACAAGAUGGAUUGAAACUCCAGCUUGUUAAAAUAGCCAAGGGACUAACCUCUGGUGAAUUUUCCAAGCCAAAUCAGGAAGGGUUUCAAGCUGGAGUCUCAAUUGCACCUUUUAAGAGCAUAAUUGGGGCUAAUCACGAGGAAUUUAGCUCUAUGAGACAACAAGAUGCCUUUGAGUUUUGGAACUAUCUUUUGGACAAGAUCGAUACAGGCAUAGAUGCCCACUUGAACGACAUCUUCAGAUUUGUCACCGUUGAGAAGUUCAAAAUUGAGGAUUCCAACAAAGUUCUUCUGAAGAAACAGGUCACAGAGAACCUCACGUUACCUGUGAACGUUGAAGUUGACUAUAUAGAUGAGAAUGGUGUAAAGCACUACAAACGCGAGGAUUUUAUCGAUUCGUUGAUCCAAUACUUGUCACCAGAGGAAGUUGAUUGGAAGAGUGGUAAAGCGGUGAAGACCACAUUCAUCAAAUCAUUCCCGAAAUAUCUCGUUACUGCCAUCCAAAGAAUCCAACUAGAGAACUGGACCCCAAUUAAAACCGAUGUUCCACUUUCACUUCCAGAGAGCUUUGACAUUUCCGAUUUCCAAGCACCUGACUUAUUGGAUGAUGAUGAAGUUGAAGCUGAAGACGAGGGUGAAGAGUUUGAGCCUGAUCAAGAAGCUCUUAACCAGUUGCUGCAGAUGGGAUUCCCAGAGAAUCGGUGUAAAAAGGCACUGUACAACACAGGUAACAACUCCGCAGAAGUUGCGAUGAACUGGCUCUUUGAACAUAUGGAUGAUCCUACAAUAGAUUCACCAUUGGUUGUGAAAAAAGGAACCGACGACAGCAUUGAUGAAGCAAAGAUCCAAUCUUUAAUGGACAUGGGCUUUUCCAACAAGCUGAGCACCAAAGCUCUCAUUUUGAAUAACGAGGACACAAACCAGGCCGUUGAAUGGUUAUUCAGUAACCCAGAUGAUGACGGCGUGCUGCCACCAAAGAAGAAGACUACAGCUGAUACUGUGGAUGUGUUGAUGAACCAGCAUACUUCUUCGGAGUACACCUUGAAAGCGGUCAUUUGCCACAAGGGCACACAGGUGACCACAGGCCAUUACGUGGCCUUCAUCAGACAAGGCGAUCGGUGGAUUCUAUUCAACGACGAGAAGGUUGUUGAUGUCACUGGCGAUGAAAAGAGUUGGCAAGAGGUUGAGAAGAACGGUUAUGUGUACAUAUGGGAGAGGAUAUGAGCGUAGGUGCGCUAAUUCAACCACGCGUGUAAAGUUGUUCCAAGCGCAAUAUUUAUGCCGGUUUUAACCGCGUUCACGGAUAAGCAACACACAUACAAAGCGGCAAAGAACAAAACAUCAAACACUCGGAAAAACUAUGUAAUCUUGCAUGUUUUUUUGUCUUUUC